AAUACUUAAUAUUGAAAAUUAGCAUUUCAGUUUGGUUCAACCAUUUUUUUUUUUUUUUGGCCAGCCAGGCUCUGUUUGGACCUUGGAAUACUCAAAUUCACGAAUUCGCAUGCAAGUGAAACACGCUUUGAUGUUUUAUUUUCUGAAAAAUUUAGUCAAACCGCUCUCUUUUCCGUAUCUCCGGCCUCCUCUGCAGUUUGCUUCUCUGAUGAUCUGAUCAAGAAAAGAUCUUUGUCCUUGAUUGCAGCAACAGCAUAUUGCUUGUCUUUGCAACUCCAGACAGAUAGAACCUUUAGAGGAUGAACCCUGAGAUGGUCAUACAUAACGGUGGAUGCCACUGCAAAAGUGUACGAUGGCGAGUCCAAGCACCAGCCAGCAUUGUUGUCUGGCAGUGCAACUGCUCUGAUUGCUCCAUGAGAGGGAAUACUCACUUUAUCGUCCCUUGUAUAAGAUUUGAGCUUCUUGGAGAUUCCAAACAGUUUCUCACAACCUACACCUUUGGCACUCACACUGCUAAACACACUUUUUGCAAGAUUUGUGGCAUAACCUCCUUCUAUGUGCCUCGAUCUAAUCCAGAUGGUAUAGCAGUUACAUUUCGUUGUGUGGACCCUGGAACGCUAAACCAUGUUGAGAUCAAGCAAAUUGAUGGUAGGAAUUGGGAGGAUUCCAUUAGUCAAACUGGCAUUGCCGCUUGUUCCAAAGUUUUGGAUAAGGAGUCGAAGUGAGUGCCUUCUAGACCAUCCAGUUUGAUGAUUUGUGAAACUUCCGCUGAAGAUCAAACAUUGACUUAUGCAAAGUUAUCAGUAUUGCAUUGCGUUUUAUGUUAUUUGCUAAUUGCCAAUGGAAAAGAAGAAAAAGAAGAGUUGCCAUUUAUAGGCUUUUUGGUUGAAUUUUCAAUCAAAUUUUUUACGUUUUUGUUCGUCUUCGUUUUGUAAAGGAGAAUGAGGUUUCUACUUUCUAGACAUUCUCUGUAAAUGUAUAUAUCAUUUUCCCUUUUUUCCUCAUGUUUUUAUGAGACACGAAGAAAGAGUAUAAAAUUGCAUCAGUUGGAUA